CCGGUUGUCCCUUGCUUCGCCUCUUCCUCUCUGGCUCCGCACAUCAGUGUUCUAAUCAUUAGCCGUAGGUGCCUCCCCGUUUCGUUACAUUUUCUUCCGUUUAUGAAACUUUUUGCAACAUAAUCUGCGUAAUUAUUACACCCCAUGUAGCGACUGCUCCACUUCAAAACAUAAAAAGCACUAACGUUUUGCCAGAGAAGGAUUGCAAGGAGAGUUUGUGUCAGAGUCUGUUCCAGAAAGCAGUAGGUCCAGACCGAUCCAGCUAAGGAGUGAUACUGAGCAGAUACAUGGAUAGCCAAAUGAAGCAACGUGUCUUCACUGGGGUCGUGACCCAGCUCCAGGAGCAUUAUGGGAUGGUGGACCAGGAAGUGCGUUUUCAGAAGAGUGUGGUGAAGGGGAGAGUUCCGGCACUGGGGGAGAGGGUGCUGGUAAAGGCUGUCCUGGAUCUGUCUCAAUCACACAGCUGGAGCGCCCAGAGAGUACAGACCCUCACAGAACACACACAGACGGCAAAGUUUCCUCGUCCUCUCCUGCCCUCCAUGAUGCCUGCACACGCACAGAAACCGGGCAUUCUGGGUAGCAAGCCACAGCCUCUCCUCAAAUCUCCCAAGAUCCCUCCUCUCAUCCCCAGCAUCCUUCACACUGUGGCCAAGCCGGGGUUGCUGCAGACUCCAUCAUGGGGGGGUCAGUUUGAGGGCUGGGGCAGAGGCAUCAGGAAGAGACCUGCUGAGGCAGGGAGACGAGGAGACCGCCGGGAGGACAGUGGAGUGAGGGGUGACCAGAAGAGAAGGAGGUGGAAGGAGGAGGAGGAUAAGGGAGCUCACCCCAAAAAGACCUCCCCUACCCCAGUUCAGAGUCCCGCCCUCUUCUCUUGCUUCCCCAGGGAUUGUGUGUCCUGUGACAGUCUAGAGCUACAGCGUCGCUACCCCCAUCUCCCUCUCCCCCCAUCCGUCUGCCACCUGUCAAUCAGUUGGAUUGACAGCUUUCCUCCCUCCCAGCCCCUCCCCUUCCCCCUCCCACAGCCCUGCCUUUACCACAUAGGCCCCGUCGAGGCUGACCAACACACACACACUGAGAGAGAGGGUGCAGAGUGCACUGUAAAGGUGCUGCUGUUGUCCAUGGCCAGUUCAGAGGAGCUGUACAGACAGUGCUGUGGGCUGCAGGACCGGAAAGAACAGCAGGAAGGUGCUGUGCACCCUGCCUCUCUCAUCAAGUUCCUGUUGGGGGAGGUAGGGGGUGAGUUUCGGGCCCUGGGGGGUCCGUGGUGUCUUGAGACAGAUGGCGGCGGUCCCAGUCCGCUUAAGGACCCUCGGGCACUGCUGAGGACAGCCCUGCGCUGUGUGAGGGAACAGAGUGGACUGGACCUCAGUGGCUGCUCCCAGUGGUAUAAGAUGGCUGAGCUGAGCUAUGUUUGUGAGGGGAAGCUGGAGACAGUGGUGUUUUUGUUACCUGAUGUCUGGAGGAUUGUACCUACAGAAGAUGACUGGAGCACACUCAGGACUCAGGAGGAGGAAGGGGCCCCUCUCCCUGCCGCUCCAUGUCUGGUUGCAAGGCCCCGUCCUGGGCUAGCCCUCUGCCCCGUCCCCCUCUCCUCUCUCCUGGAGCCCCACACCUCCACAACCAAGGAGGCCUUUGAGGUGGGCUUGCUGGCAGAGUUGUUUUGUGAGAUGCUUCAGAGGGACUUUGGUCUACUGCUCUACCGCUGUCUCUGCUCUCUAACGCCUACACACACACCCACGGAGGAUGAACAGAUAAAGAACGACAAAAAGCAGAGAAUAAGGGAUGAGAGGAGUAAAAGAUUUCAAGAAAGAGGAGAGAGCGGAGGGAGAGCAGCGGAGGAGACUGAUGAAGAUGGAGAAGAGAUAGAUGAGAAAGAGGGAGAGGGAGAAAGAGAGAUGUUGGGAGAGGAGGGAAUUACUAGUGAGAAUUCAGACUGCCUCCUAAAGCACAAUGUGCUGUCUCGUAGGGUGUUGUUGGCCUGUGUGUUCUUUGACAAACGGCUCACUGGCAGCCUCAGACAAGCAGACCUUCACAACAUCUUACUGUCACUAGGGCUGUGGCUCACACCCACCCAAGUCCAGGUGUUGUUGAAUAAGGUGUGUGUGGAGGGGCAAUGUCCAUACAGGAUGCUAGCCUCUCGCUGGGAGGAGACGGACCACACAGAACCUGAUAUCAGCAUGGAAGGUAACCGUGGGUUGUUUCGUGGAGCUCCAAAGAAGGAGAAGGCUUGUGGCCGGAAGUCUGGGGGAUCCAGGGGGCCAGCUGCAGCUGUGGGGGCUGAGGUGGUCUCCUACAAGGGCAGUGUGGUAAACAUCCCCAGCCUGCUACAGGCCAUGGAAGCAGCAGACAGAACACGGAAAGCCCUGGAGCUACGCAUCGCCACCCUACAGGAUGCACUGGUGGAUGCUGCGGCUGUCACUCAGGGCCAGGAGGAGGGUCUUAGCAGCAGGCUGGAGAAGGUGGAACUUCGAAGCUCAUCCUAUGAGAAGAAGCUGAAGGAGGACGCUGGUCACAUGUUCGCCCUCAUCCACAAAAUGCAGGAAAUGGUCGACAAGACAACAAGCCUGACUCAAUCAAAAACAGCAAAUGAAGAGCACUGAUUGGUCGGAGCAGAACAGAGAUGUGAAGAUAAACUUGAAAGAUUACAUUAUUACAUACACACACGCACCAGCCGGCGUGACGGAGAUGAGUGAGUGACUACACACACAUACAGUCAUGACUGAAAGUAUUGGCACACUUGAUAAUGAGCAAAAAAGACUGUAUUAAAAAAAUGAUACAAUUACUGAGCUAUAAUGUAUGCUCCCAAUUUUUUUUUAAAUGAUAUGAUUUUAUACUAAUACAACUGCUCAAAGAAAGAGAUUUUGUUUUUCUCAAUAGAUGGGGUCAAAAUUAUUGUCACCCCUCUUUUCAAUACUCCGGCACCUUUGUGAGGAUAACGGCACAGCCUUUUUCUAUAGUGUUUUAUGAGAUUGGAGAACACAUUGGGAGAGAUGUUAGACUAUUCCUCCAUACAGAAUCUUCCCAGAUUAUUGAUAUUCUUCAUCUGCGCUCAUGGACUGCCCUCUUCAAUUCAAACCACAGGUUCAAUCGGGUUCAAGUUCGGAGACAGAGCUGGCUAUUGCAAAAUGUUUGAUUUUUGUGGUCAAUUAACCAUUUCUUUGUAGAUUGUAAUGUGUGCUUGGGGUUAUUGUCUUGCUGGAACAUCCACCUGUAGCUAAGUUUCAGCCUCCUGGCAGAGGCAACCAGGUUUUUGGCUAAAAUGUCCUGGUACUUGGUAAAGUCCAUCAUGCCGUUGACCUUAACAAGGACCCCAGGACCAGUGGAAACCAAAUAGCCCCAUAACAUCAAAGAUCCACCACCACAUUUUACAGUAGGUAUGAGGUUAUUUUCUGCAUAUGCAGACGCCAGACCCACCACGUGUGUGUGUGUGGCCAAAAAGCUCUAUGUUCAUGUCAUCUGACAAUAGCACCAGUUCCAGUCCAAGUACCAAUGCCAUUUAGAAAACUCUAGGCGUUUACAUUUGUUGGAUAUCAUAUUUCUCCGAUGCCAAAUCAGUGUGUCUUGUUUGCAAUGAAACUGUCCCCAUACAGCUUGUUUCUAGCAGAGAGCAUCGCGGACCAUAGCACUGUUAUAGAUCCCUUUAUAUAAUCACAUCAGUUUUUAUUUUUCUUCAAAAAUAGAUAGGAAGAAAUAGGCUCCAACACGAAGCCCUCUUGAAAUGAAUUAUUUCUACUCUAAUUUGCCUACUUUCAGCACCAUGAGCUGUCCAUUUCCGAUUGAUUGUGCUGCAGCUGCUGCUUCAAGUUUCAGCACCACAAUGUAAAUUACUGAAAUCUGGCUUAUUGUGAGGUCAAUAACUGAUAAAUACAUAAUUAGCAAGAAAAAUAUUGUUUUUAAUCAAAUCUAUUAUAGUAGUAACAAGCUAUCAAAGUUGACCUCCAUAUCUCCUUAUCUUUGCGCUCUCCUCAAACUGAACAGAAUAUAGGCUAUAGGCUAGUCUGUGCGCAAGAGUGCAUUUUCUGGACUAGGCCUAAUAAAUAAAUAAAAAUCUGAAUAAGCCAUUGACUCUCCUCCUGAACUGCUAGCAUAGUCCUGCACAGCCAUUGGUUAGGCAGCACACAAUAACGUUUUGGAUGAGCAGAGCAGGCCGGGGUUGGAAUAUCCACUGCCGUGUGUAAUGCAACCCCGUUUUAUUUACACCAUCCCAGCAGCCAUCUUAGAAAUAUAACUUUGCUCUAUGCUUCUCCGAGCAUGCACUUUGUAUUCUAUAGGCUGUGGAUCAUUUGAUUGAACCACACUAAAUAGCCUGUAAGCACACCUGAUAUUCCGCACCCAGCAGAGAAUCAGAUUUGAGGGGCAGCAUCGGGCACACGUCAAUCUAUAGCCUAUUAAGCAACUCAUUCUAAAACGCUGAAAAUAUUGACAUUUCAUCAAUUACAUGACUCUCCCCUGGACUAGAAAAAAAAAAAAUAUAUAUAUAUAUUGUUCAAAAGUUUGGGGUCACUUUGAAAUUUCCUUGUUUUUGAAAGAAAAGCAAACAUUUUUGUCCAUUAAAAUAACAUCAAAUUGAUCAGAAAUACAGUGUAGACAUUGUUAAUGUUGUAAAUUACAUUAAUGACAUUGUAAAUGACAUUCUAAGUGACCCCGAACUUUUGACCGGUAGUGUAUAUACAAAACCCUCCUCCAGGUAACCAUUCUGUAAAUGUUUAUCCAUCCCCUACUGUAAAAUAUGGUGGUGGUUCUUUGAUAAGCUCAAAAUGUCAAGGACCUGAUUUUGUAUUGGGGAAUGGUCUAAGAUCCCUCCCAAUGUGUUCUCCAAUCCAAUAAAACAUUUUGGAAAAUAUGUAUUUUAUUUCAUGAUGUUAAUGUUACUGCAAACAUUCUUCAUUCAACAACUCUACUUCCAUCUAUCGUUGUGAUUUGGCAGGAAUAAACACGUUUGAGUUUAAAA